UGCCACUGGCUAAAGAAGACUUAAUGUAUCUGCAUCUACCAAAAUAUCCAUCAUUAGUCUCAGACUCUGGAGGAGCGGAGGAAAGUUCUGAACUUUGAUGCACUUGUGAACACAUCUGUUGGAGCCAUGAUGUGGCCCUUCAUCUUCAGCUGCUUAAUUGCAUGCACAGAAAUGCCAGACAGUGUGUCUCUGAAGAAUUUACGUACAGUGGAAGAAGGCCAACAGUUUGCCAUACAGUGUGACGUUGUUAAUGUUGCACCAGCAAGAAAUCUCUCUGUGCUUUGGCACAAAGGAAAUAAGAUCUUGUCUUCUCAGACAUUUGAUGAGUCCAGUCCAUCUCCUGUCAGUAAGUCAUCUGUCCUCACUCUGACUGCUCAUAGAGGUGAUGAUGGAGCUGAGAUCUGGUGUGAAGCAAAACUGAACUUGUGGCCACAGGAACAAGGUCCUCCUCCAGUGCGUUCAGAAGCUCAUACUCUGACUGUACUCUACCCACCAACAUUCACCAAUGAUCCAAAUGAGAAUUUGGAAAUGACAGUUGGGAGCAAAAUAUCUUUAAAUUGUACAGCUAGAGGAAACCCUGUGCCAUCCUACCACUGGCAAUUCCCAAACUUCACACAAGUGUGGUACAGGAGUCAUGAUGUGAAUCAUCCUAUUUUGACUCCAUCAUCUGAGUUUCCAGGGGUCUAUACCUGCACUGCCUCAAACACCCAGGGCACCGUGACCAAAUACUUCAUCAUCACUGAAGCUCCACGAGAUGAAACAAUCAUCGCAGCAAUAGUCAGACUACUUGUGGCCUUUGGACUCCUGCUCUUUCUUGCUUGUCUAGUUUUUACGACACAUAGAGGCAUAUUUUCUUGCAAGAAAGACGACUGUCUCCAAGGACAACCCACCUCAUCAGUACCAGUAUAAAACUAAUUUGAAUGGGUGCAUGCUUGCUUCAAAGCUGUAGCUGUAAAAUGCACCAUCUUGUCAGCUAUCGCUAAAGCUCCACUAAUCAAGACUGCUGUCCAAACAAACAAAUUUAAUCUAGCAGAAACGUGUUUAACAGUAACACUGUGAGUGUAAACAUGUGUAUGAACACAACAGAUUAAUAAUCAGAUUUCAUCCUCAGCUAUUCAUUUAUUUUAAAUUUUCGCUGGACAGAAAUAAGAAGGAACAAAUUUGUCUCUGACUUUCAACUGAAACUUUUUCUAAUUCUAAUUUUAGAAAACUGCUUGUGAUUUUUAUCAUGUCUUUAUACACGCCUGUGUUUUUUUUCUCUCAGAAAACAGGAAAUGAAAGACAUUUUAUUGCAUGUUCACAACAUUUCAUGUGUGCAAUUUA